UUACCUUCUCCGUUUCUUCUUUGGCGAGAGAGGUGAACGAGCUGGUGACGUCAUCUUCCACUUCUGCUGCGAGCAGCGAAACCCACUUUUCCAGAUCAUCUACCUCGUACUGGUGAUCGGAGGCUACUAUGCCUUUCACGUCUACUGCAUGAGCUUCAUCCCCGGACCCUACCUCUCCUCCAUCCACAGAUACACGGCGCCAGCAUCCCUCAUCGCCACCCUCACAACGUUCCUUAUAGCGAGUAUAUCCGACCCCGGUACAGUCACAUCCGCUACAGUGCAACAGACCCAGGCAGUGUUUCCAUACGAUGGGGUCAUCUACACCAGACGAGUCUGCUCCUCCUGCAAGAUACCCAGGCCAGCACGAGCCAAGCACUGCAGGGUGUGCAACCGUUGCAUCUCCAGAUUCGACCACCACUGCGGAUGGGUGAACAACUGUGUUGGGGAAAACAACCUUCGCUACUUCCUGCUCUUCCUCUUUGCAAACAUUUGCUUUCUGGCGUAUGGUGUGUUGGGAGUCUGCUCUAUCCUGGCAGGCGAAAUCACCCGCAGCAAAGUCAUCGCUGCGAUCAUAGACCAUGAUCCGUCCAGGACCCACGUUUUCGGCUGGCUUCCUAUCCUCGCUCAGUGGCUCACAGUCUACUUUCACCGCCAGUGCGCGCUGCUCCUCUUCUUCCUCGUCAUCCUCCUCGUCCUCUCCUGCUUCCUCCUCUACCACCUCCACCUCGUCGUUACCAACGUCACCACCAACGAG